AUGACUACGUCCCUUAAAAUUGAGGGGCAUUCUGAAGAAGCCAAAAAGUUAGUGAUGUUUCCAUUUACACUAUCAGAGGAUGCUGAAGAGUGGUUCUACUGUUUACCUGCUGGGAGCAUUACUACUUGGCAGCAAAUGGAGACUACUUUCCUCAACGAGUAUUUUCCUGCUUCUGUGUACAUCCGCAAGAGGUACGACAUAGUUAAUUUUAAACAGAAGGAAGGGGAGUCACUUGGGGACGCUUAUAAAAGGUACAAAAGAUUGUUGGUUGCGUGUCCUACACACAAUAUGGAUGCAACUGAACAAAUGCAAAAUUUCGUGAAUGGCCUAAGAAUUAAGACUAAGCAACUCAUCGACACAGCUGCUGGUGGCUCAACAAAUUUUACAACAGCCACUGGUAUUAAGAAGAUUAUAGAAGCCAUUGCUGCAAAUGAACACUUGGAGUUAUCUGACCGUAGUGUGAGCCAACCAGAAGGAAUCAUCGAUCUGAAGUUGGCAAAUCAAGUGGUUAAGAUGGAGGAUCAAAUUACAGCUGAAGUAGAAAGAAGACUGAAGAAGAUAGCCCUGGAUACUCAAACGGUAGCACAGGUUCAACCAGUUCAACCGAUUCAAGCAAUGAAUUGUGAAAUUUGUGGGGGACCUCAUUUUGCUAUACAUUGUGUUGCAACCGCACAACAAGUAGAAGAGAUCAAUUUUCUGAAGCAAAAUAAUCCUUACUCAAAUACUUACAAUCCGGGAUGGAAAAAUCACCCGAAUUUUUCUUGGAAAGAUCAACAAGGGAAUGACCAAAAGCAAGGGAUCGUACCAUACCAACCUCAGCAACAACAGUAUCGGCCACCACAGCAGCAACCAUAUCAACAACCUCCACAACAACAAUUCCAACAACAGAUGAGUCAGAUAGCACAACAACUCGCCAAUGCUCAACCACAAGGUGCCUUACCAAGUGCAACUAUUACAAACCCAAGGGAGCAUCAGAAUGUGAAUGUCAUCUCAACAAGAAGUCAGAGGAGAUCAAAACCAGAAGAAAAAAAUGAAAUCGAGUAUGAUGAUAUCAUCGAAGUAGAUAUUGAAGUGCAUGAAAAUAAGAAAGUGCCAGAGGAGGUGAUACAACCUGUGAAGCCAACUGAAGAGAGAAGGAAAAAAGAGCCGACACCAUUGAUUAAGUUGCCGUAUCCUUCUCGAGUAGCAAAGAAGGACCAAAAAGAGAAAGACUUGGAGAAGUUUGCCACAUACUUCAAAAAGUUAGAGAUCAAUAUUCCAUUCUUUGAUGCACUCGAGAAGAUGCCAAUGUACAGGAAAUUCAUGAAGGAAGUGAUAUCUAAAAAGAAACCAACAAGGGGUGAAGGGGUAGUUAAGAAGGAGAAAUGUUGUGCAAUCUCACCAGAGAAGAGAAUACCAAUCAAGCAGAAAGAUCCUGGAUCAGUUGCAAUACCAUGCACGAUAAAAAACAGAACUUUCAUGAAGGUUCUAAUUGAUUCGGGUGCUAGUGUGAGCUUAAUGCCAUUAUCUAUCUUCAAAAAGCUCGGUAUUAAAAAGGUGAAUGAAAGAGGAACAGGGUUGAAAUUUGCAGAUCACACCAUGAAGAGGUCAUAUGGGGUGGCAGAAGAUGUAUUGGUAGAAAUUGACAAAUUUGUUUUUCCAGUUGAUUUUGAAAUAAUGGAUAUCCCUGAAGAUGAAGAGACCCCUAUUAUUCUGGGUCGACCUUUCUUGCACACUAGUCGGUGCAAUUUCGAUAUUGAAAAAGGUACUCUGACUUUGAAAUCUUUUGAUGAAGAAAUAACUCUGAAAGUGUUAGACACCAAGAAGCAAGGUGAAAGUGGAGAUAAUCAAUCUUCAGUUGGAAUGAUCCACAUAGUAGGCAAAAGCAAAAGAUCGGAACCAACCCCAAAAAGGGUCUCAAGCAUAAUCUCUCAGGUGGAAACAUCUCAUAUAAAAACUCCAAAGUCCAAUAAAGAAAUCAAGGAAAGAAAGAAAAGAGAACAUCAAGACAAGGAGAUGGAAGUUGAAAGUGACUUGAGGCAAAAAGUGGUCCAUCCUUUAAAUCUAGAUGAGUUCUGGGUUGCGGAAAGGACAAGCAACAUGGUGUGGAAGAGGAAGUAUCCCCCAUAA